UACAAAUCGGUGGAAACCCCUGGCAGCACCCUCAGCAGCGUAGGGGAGGGGAGGGCAAUCCUUGUGACUGAAGUGGUCCCAGAGACAGCUCAGUACCACCACCUCCAGGCCAACACAGGUUGGGAAAUUAAUACUGUCGGAGUGCACAAAGCUGAAGAAGGGAUUUCAAAAACGAAAGCUCCGGCGCGAGAUAACACAGUGUAGAGCUGGAUGAACACAGCAGGCCAAGCAGCAACAGAGGAGCAGGAAGGCUGGUGUUUCGGGUCCGACGCGAGAUGGCCAGUUUAGGGGAAGGGCUUUUGUUUUAAGCGCCGAGUGAUAGCAGUAACACAGUGUCCAGGGGUGACGGAGCAUGGAGGGGGAGUUUGCACAGCAGGAUUCCCCAGGGCUUGCGGGACUGUACCCGGGGAACCACGAGAGACGGCCCGGGGAGAGCCCAGCUUCUUCCUUCACUGCUAUCGCGCCCAGGGAUUUACAGCAGAGGUGCUCUAUCGGCUCCGGGGGCUUCGGAGAGGUUUACAAAGCUCGGCACCACUCUUGGGGGAUCUGGGUUGCAGUCAAGUACCUUAGGGUGAAUGGGAGUGACAAGCAGGAGUUGUUAGAAGAAGCAAAGAAGAUGCACAGAGCGCAAUUUGAACACACCCUGCGGUUGUACGGAGUUACGGAAGAUAACAUGAAGGAUGGACAGCCAUCAUUGGGAUUAGUAACAGAAUUCAUGGAGGCUGGAUCAUUAGAUAAACUCCUUGUGAACUAUGAUGUCCCAUGGCCUCUGCGCCUGCGUUUUGCAUAUGAAAUUGCUUUAGGAGUGAACUACCUACAUAACCUGAAGCCAGCACUCUUUCACCAUGACUUGAAACCUGCCAAUAUUCUACUGAAUAACGACUAUCAUGUGAAGAUCUGUGACUUUGGCCUGGCCAAGUGGCGCAAAUCCACAGGGCAGUAUAGCUGUGAAAGUAGCAAAUUCGAGGGGACACUUAGUUACAUACCACCCGAAUGUUUCAAGGACGUCAAUACCAGAGGAGAUGUGAAGUUUGAUGUGUACAGCUAUGGAAUUAUCAUCUGGGAGAUAAUAACUUGCCAAAAGCCUUACAAAAAUGCUGUAAAUUCUCAGCAAAUAAAACUCUGUGUGGAAAGGGGUGCCAGGCCAGACUGUGAUGCGAUUCCUCAGGAUCUACCAGAAUCAGCUGAAGUACUUAUUCCCCUGAUGAAGAAGUGUUGGCAUUCAAUCCCCGAUGAACGGCCAACCUUUUUAAGGUGUGCUUAUGAUUUGGAACCAACGCAGUCAAAUGAGCAGGACAUUCAAGUUGCAAUCCAGGACCUGACAAAACAGAAGUCACAGUCUGUGGAUGGAGUUUCUGACUGGGCAAUGCUGAGAGAUAGUGAAGACAACAGAUCCCUUUAUGAACCGGUCGAGGAACAGGAUGGGCCCAUCAACUUGGUCGAACCAGUUCCGGAACAGAAUGAGCCCAUCAAAGUAGUUGAACCAAGGCAGAACACAAACCAAAAGGAAGUUGUAAAGUGUCCUCUCUCCAUUCCUACUUCGGAAGAAUGUAUGACCUUAGCCGACUUGGUCAACAGAGACUGGAAGAUGAUUGGUAGAAGUUUGGAGUUGACCGAGGGUGAUAUCAGUACUAUCGAUGCUGACUAUGAUAUAGAUGGCUUGAAGGAGAAAGCUUACCAGAUGUUUCAGAAGUGGAUACAGAAACAAGGGAGACAUGCCACUCGAGAAACAUUAUUCAGGAAAUUUAAGUUGAUGGGGCGGUCCGAUCUGGUGAUGUACUUGUGCAGUUGAUGCUGCGAUAGGUUUUUAGACUUGCUGUCUGUCCUCGUUUAUAAUGAGUCCGCAGAACCCAUUUUUAACUCCUUGUAUUUUCAUUUCAUGUCAAAUGGAUGUUGCACCUUGUGUUUACAACCGGUGCAUGCGUGUGAAUGAGGAAUGGAAAAGGUUGCCUAUCUUGCUUGGUGUUAAUGGAAGUGGAAUUUGUCCCAGGCUUCUCAAGUAACUCUUGGCUGUAAACAGAUUCAAGGAAUGGUAAUGUUUCAGCCAGCAAUAGUCUCACAUCAGGGGAGGUGAGAUGAUGGGUUUGACCUAGGUCUCAGCUCUGCCCUGUGGAACUGGAUCCUCAGCUUUCUGACCCCCAGACCACAAUCAGUGAAGAUAGAUAACUGCACCUCCUCCACAAUAACCCUCAACACUGGAGUCCCCAAAGAUGCGUCCUCAGCCCCCUAUGUGCUCCCUGUAGACCAUGACCAUGUAGUCAAAUUCCAAAUGAAUGCUAUCAACAAGUUUGACGAAACUACCGUAGUAGGACAGAUAUCAAACAACGACGAGUCAGAAUACAGAAAGGAGAUAGAGGGCUUCAUGUCAUGGUGCAAUGAUAACAAACUCUCUCUCAAU